AUGGCUAAAUCACGGUUCGAAUACGUCAGGAACUACGAGCUCCCCGAUCCUUUGACCCCCAAUACUUUCAUCGUCGUUCGUGUUGACGGCAAGGGGUUUCACAAAUUCUCAAAUGAGCAUGAUUUCAGCAAACCGAAUGACAAAAGGGCCCUCGACCUUAUGGAUGCAGCAGCCCAAGCAGUGCUGGAGGAAUACAAGGAUGUAGUCAUGGCUUUCGGGGAGAGCGACGAAUAUAGUUUUCUGUUACGUCGGGAAGCCAAGUUGUACAACAGACGGCGCAGGUGA